UUUUCCAGUCGGUGAGACACGUCCUGAACCACCUUAAAAUCAGGACUCUGCACCUCACCCGGUGGAAAAUCCCUGUCUGUUCAUCGACAGAGCGAUACAACAGAUAAAACUGCACAGAGUCUGCUGGCGAUUGCCAUCGAUCAGGAUGAUCUGGGGCCUGUGCUUGCUUUGUGUGGCAAUGGGGCUCAGACCCGUCCACACGGCCCCCAUCAAGAAGCCAGGCUGGACAGAGGACGUCAACGUGCUCAUGUACGGCGUGAUUCAGUUUGGAGAGUCCCUCAGCUACGUGUUGGAAACUACAGAGGCCAAGAUGGCUGAGAUCGGGCGAACUCUGAAUGGCCACAAGGGUGCUCUGAGGAGGCUGGGGGAGCACACGAGGCAGGCGGCUGAGGUGAACAAACAGAUCAAGGGAAUGAUAGAGCUGCUGCAGGAACAGAUGUCCAAGCAUCAAGCUCAUACCAUGAUGACAAAAAGUCAGCUGGCCCGCAUUGAGCGGGAAGAGACGGGGCUUCAGACGAAAGUGAAAAGGCUGGAGGCAUAUGUCAACAACACGUUCCCCACCGGCAUCAAAGAGCUGCAGGAGAGAGCUGUCUUGAACGCCAGCAUCUUGAAAGGUCUUCAACAUUUGACGCAGUUUCAAAAACAUAAAAUUGAGAACCACAACGAGCAGAUCUCCACACUACAGAGGAUGAGUGAAGCUUUGUGAAGUAACCAACAAAACAAGUUGGCCGGGACUACCUACAUUGUCAGCACUGGACCCUCACAGCACUCCCUUUCACCUGUGCAAUGCUUAACAUAGCACACUAUACUGUUUUGGGGUUUGUUUUAUGUUUGUUGUUGCAACAUACACCUGUUUCUCACGCAACACUGCAGUAUGUAUGUUAUUUGUUCUGAGCCUUAUAAGCAUCGUUUUUUGACAUUUUAAUUAUAAAAUCUUAUUUUAUUAUGGCACAGCAUGUAAGAGUAUCUUGUCAUUUAGGAAUUUUGUGGUAUGUACAGUACAUAUUGUACAAAAUUCUGUGGUCUUUCCUUGGCAGACAAAGACAAAUGAAUAAAUAAAUAUAU